AUGUCACGUCGUUCGCUUCACCGCAUCUUACAUGAUGACCUCAAGUUCCAUCCGUACAAAUUAAUGAUCGUCCAGCAGCUUAAUGAAGGGGAUUUUUUACAGCGCAGAGAGUUUUGUCGCAUAAUGGAUGAAAUGUUUACGAAAGAUCCCGAUGCUACAGUUUUCAUGAGUGAUGAAGCACAUUUUCAUCUUGACGGUUACGUCAAUGUUCAAAACUGUCGGUAUUGGGCAUCGGAGAACCCACAAGAAUUACACCAAAGACCUCUGCACAGUUUAAAGGUAACAGUGUGGUGCUGCAUUUCAAAGUUGGGUAUUGUUCGACCCUAUUUUUUUGAAGAGGAAGGAAUUGCAGUUACUGUGACAUCAGCUCGCUACGUUGAAAAGUUAAACAACUUCCUUCAUCCAGAACUUGAAAGGCGUCAAGUGAACAUGAGAGACAUUUGGUUUCAGCAGGAUGGUGCCACAGCUCACACGGCGAGAGCAUCCAUGGAAGUGGUUCGACAAAUGUUCCCAGGACAUGUGAUUUCGAGAUUUGGUGAUGUUCACUGGCCCCCUCGCUCACCCGACCUGUCGAUAUGUGACUUCUUUUUGGGGGGAUAUUUGAAAUCAAAAGUGUACAUGAACAAGCCUCGCACACUCGAUGACCUUAGGAAUUCCAUUCGUCAGGAAAUUGAAGCCUUGCCGAAUGAAAUGUUGGAGAGAGCCGUCCGUAAUUUUCAGAAGAGGAUCAAUAUUUGUAUCCAGCAAGAAGGACGUCAUCUCAAAGACAUUAUUUUCCGAACCUAA